CUUUCCAAGAUAAUUGUUCUUCUCUUACGAUAUUCUCAUGAAUACUAUUGAUCCCGCCUCUGCAAACUUUACAGUGGAGCCAACACGCAGGGCGUACCCGCGACACCCCUUGAUACCUAAUAUUAUUCUAAUUCAGUUAAAAGAACAGUUGCAUUGACUUCCGCCCUCACAUUUGCCUUUUUUUUCAGGGAAUUCCUGCCCAUUUGCCGAUAUGCAGUCAGUGGUGUUCUUUGACCUGGAGACCACGGGAUUGGACACCAAGCGAUGUGAUAUCAUCCAGCUGGCGGCCAUCAGCGGAGAUGACACCUUCAACAUGUACAUGAUGCCUCAGGUCGCCAUCGACAGAGGGGCCACGGCGGUCACAGGCUUCAGGGUCCAUAAUGGCAAACUCUUCCAGAACGGUAGAGCUAUGAACACCGCCAUCUUGCACGAGGCCCUGACCUCCUUCCUUGACUUCCUGUGGUCCUUAGAGCAGCCCGUGCUGCUGGCCGCGCACAACGCCAGAUGCUUUGACAUACCUGUACUGGACAGGGCGCUAUUCAGGUGUUCCCUCGACGAGGCGUUCCAGGAGCUGGGCUCCAGAUUCUUGGACACCUUACCGCUCAGUAAGACGCUGUAUCCAUGGUUAGGCAGCCAUUCACUGCCGAAUCUGUCUGACCACUUCCUGGGAAAACGCUACAAUGCCCAUGAUGCAUUGGAGGAUGUUACAGCUCUGCAGGAGCUGUACUAUUGUUGGAAUCUCAAACCACGCUAUGUGGCUCGAUGGUCAUUCUAGCAGCCGCUAGAUCUAUUUUGCAUUGUUGUUUAAUAAACCCAGCUUAAAACCAA